AUGUCGUUCGUAUAUUCAGCUGCAAUCUAUUCGCCCGGCGAGGGCAAGACUGUUAGAGACCUCGAAGACGAAACCCGAGGCUGGCGCGGUGAGAUUUCUUCUAGUCGGAGUAAGAUUAAUUUCGACGAGUUGCAAUCGAAAGAAACCAUGCCGCAGUAUGAAGUAAGGGUGCGCGUACCGCACGUCAAUGGAGCACCUGCUGGCGCCGCGCCAAGUCCUGGACAGGAUGACGACGAUCUCGCCAAUGAAACGCUAUUUUUCGAGCGUAAUCGUAUCAAACAACUACAAGAUGAGCGUGUUCAUAUCCAAAAGAAGACAUUCACGAAGUGGUGCAACUCCUUUCUGAAUCGGGCCAGAUUGGAAGUUGUCGACCUCUUUGUCGAUUUCGGCGAUGGUGUGUUACUUAUGAAACUUCUCGAGAUUAUUUCCGGAGAGAAAUUGGGGAAACCCAAUAGAGGCCGGAUGCGGGUGCAGAAAAUCGAAAAUCUCAACAAGUCUCUUGAUUUCCUUAAGAAGAAGAAGAUUCAGCUGGAAAAUAUUGGAGCCGAAGACAUAUUGGAUCGCAAUGAGCGACUCAUUCUUGGUCUGAUUUGGACGAUUAUUCUCCGUUUCCAAAUUGACACGAUUGUCAUUGAGGACGAGGAAGAACGAGGAGAGCGCAAACAUGCCAAAGAUGCCCUUCUGUUGUGGUGCCAACGAAAAACUGCUGGUUAUCCUAACGUAAGGGUGGAGAACUUCACGACUAGUUGGAGAAACGGUCUGGCGUUCAACGCGCUUAUACAUGCUCACAGACCUGAGCUGAUCAAUUUCAACGCACUCAACCCUAAUGAUCAUAUUGGCAAUCUCAACAACGCCUUCGACAUUGCUGAGAAGAAGUUGGAGAUCGCGAUUGUUGGAAAACUAAUCACUAGCGAUACAAUGGAAGAAGACUAUGAACACAUUUCGUCAGAUCUAUUAAAGUGGAUCUACGAAACGAUAAAACAACUUGAAAACAGACGGUACAAAGAGAAAGGAGAGUUGGAGGCACUUUUCUUCACAAUUCAAACUAAGCGGAAAGCUAUGGGAAGGAAACAGUAUGCUCCUCCUCAAGGCUUAUUCAUGUAUGAUGUCGAAUCGGCUUGGGAGAAGUUGGAUCGAGCAGAGAAUGACCGCCAAGUAGCAAUUAUCGCUGAAUUGCAGAGGCAGGAACGCUUAGAGCAGCUAGCGCAGCGUUUCCACAAAAAGGCUAAUUUACGAGAGAGCUGGCUGAGAAACGUGCAAGCAGUUCUUGAAGAAAUGGAUCACGGCAGAACAGCCACUGAGGUGGAAAAGUCGCUGAAAAAACAACAGGCUAUUGCAAACGACAUUCUAGCAAGGGAGAAUCGCUUCAAAUUGCUUACCUCGAUGUGUGCUGAUUUAUGUAAUGAGAAGUACCACGAGAGCGACAAGAUCCGUUCUCGCGAGCGAGAUAUAAUUGAGAGAUGGACGCACUUGUUGAGCCUACUCGAACAGCGCCGCAAGGCUUUGAUGGGCUUGAACGACCUUAUGACGCUUUUGAGAGACAUUGACACUCUUGCUAGUGAGCUCAAACAUCUAGAAGUCAAUGCUCAAGGAACAUGGCUCACUAAUGUGACUAAUCAGGCUAAUAAGUACAUACGAAACAAAGGAGAGCAGUACGAUGUCUUGCAGAGGAAACUCGAUGAUGUUACUGCGCAGUACUACUCGCUGGUCGAUCUAUGCCGCCAACGCCGCCUCAACCUAGACAAGGCUCGUGCACUGUACCAAUUUGUCCAAGAUCAUGAAGAAGAGCUGUCGUGGCUUUCUGAGAAAGAACAUCUUUGCCGUCGAGCGCUUGCAAACGGAGAUGUAGCGGCAGUUCAGCAGACGACUCUUCUUUAUAAGAAUACUGAAACCGAGAUGCAGUCUCACUGGGCACGAACAAAAGACAUGAUGGCCGCUGGAGAACGUCUGAUAGAAAAUGGACAGUCGCGCGAAGAUAUCCAGGUGAAGAUUUCGGAACAAUUUUUCAUUGAAACGUCGUAUUCAAGCGAUGCAACAGGGUUGGGAACGACUUCGAGCCGCUCAUCAAGCUCUUGGUCAGUGGUUGAACGAGGCAAAACAGGCCCAGCAUAUUUCCAGGAUGCUAAUGAGGCGGAGUCGUGGAUCCGUGAGAAAAUGCCGCUGGUGAAAAGUGAUGAUCUUGGUCGUGAUGAAGGGGCUGCAGAGUCGUUGCUGCAGAGGCACGCUCGUUUGGAGGAAGAAAUCCAUGCUUAUAGAGCCGAUAUUGUACGACUUGAAGAAAUGAGCCAACAACUUGCCAAUAGUUCUUUCCAUACUGCGACAACAAGCAGCCAAGAGUACGAUGGGAACGGUAUGUCCGUUGCCAAAGGUGAAGUCCUCGCUCUGUUAGAACAGUCAACUCCGGAAUGGUGGCGUGUGUUGAAGCAAGAUGGUACUGAAGGAUUCGUUCCGGCGAAUUACUGUAGAAAAGUACCAGGAGAAUUGGUAUGUCUCAUGUUUGCUGCUAUGGUGACUGUCACGCAGACAACAACAACAACGAAAGCACAUACCGACGUUGUGGAUAGCAAGCGUGCUAUUGUCGAUCGUCAGAAGAUGAUCUCCUCGGAUUACCGACAGUUAAAUAGUUUGGCAGAGGUCCGACGGCGUCUACUUUCCGACAAUAUCAAAUUGAUGAGGUUCUACCGUGAGUGUGAUGAGUUCGAGGGUUGGGCUCGCGAAACUGAAGCUGCGCUUGCGGAUCAGCCCUCAGUGGAGCAUGUCAAAGCGUUCCGCAAGAAAUUUGAUCGCCUCGAAGCGGACAUGAAGGCAAUUGGAGGCACCCAGUUGAAGCAUAUUAAUGUAAUGGCUGACGAAUUAAUUGGUGAAGGACACAGCCAAUCAAGGCAGAUCGAGGCACGCCAGAGGAAGGUGAAUGCUUUAUGGGCUGAAUUAGAGCGUUUACGUGCUAACCGAGCUGCUAAACUCGAAACAACCGAGAGAGUUGCUGAUUUCGAUUCGUCAUGCGAGGACGCCAGAGAAUGGAUGCAGGGUAAGUUCGAUCUACUCGAUCGGAAUCCGAACGACUUGAAGAGCCUGCAAAAUCUGGAACGUGACCUGAAGCCGCUUGAAGACAAGAUUCACUAUUUGGAAAAACUUGCGGCUGAGGUGAAAAAGAAGAAUCCAGAGGAAGCUGCCGCGAUCGAACGUAAAAUCGCCGAGCUGCGUGCAUUGCAUGCCGAUCUUCUUCGAAGAGCUCAUGAAAAGAUUAAGAUUGCUGAGCAGUCCCAAGGGCAGGAAAUGUUCGAAACGGCAUUGCGGGAUGUGCUCAUUUGGAUAGACCGUACAAAGAAAGUGCUCGCCGAAGAUGUUCGUGCAGUAGAUGUCCAACAAGCUGAAGAACUCCUUAAGAAACAUUACGAACUCGGAGAGCAAAUUAUGGACAAGAAAUAUGAGGCAUUGAAUUUCCAGGUGGACUACGUGCAAGAGCUCGGACGCCGUUUAUUGGACAAAAAUCCACGUCUUCGUGAAGUUGACGCUCAGCUUAAGCAUCUUGCUAAUGAGAUUAAUGUAGUUAAGCCAAUCAUAUUGCAGAACAUGUACCGAUCACGUGAUGGUCAGCUGAAGGAGCAGCUUGACCUUCAGCUAUUCAAUCGUGAAGCCGAACGAAUCGAUGCUGCCACCAAGGGUCACGAAGCUUUCCUUGAUUAUGCUGAUUUGGGACGAAGAGGCGAGGUUCUGGCACGCCGCGCCGCUGUGCGCCGAAUGGCAGCCGAACGUCGAGCUUGCCUAGAGGCAUCGCUUGAAUACCAGAAUAUGAAGAGAGACGCUGAAGAAAUGAUUGCAUGGAUCCAUGAGAAGAAAAGGCUGGCCAAUGAUGACUCUCAUCGGGAUCUGACCUCGAUCGCUAACAAAUUGCUGAAGCAUGAAGCGUUCGAAGCUGAAGUAGGAGCCAAUGCAUCGAGAGUUGGUCAAAUCAAUCGGGUCGGUGGAAUACUGAUUAACCAGAAGCACUAUGAGUCUGCGAAUGUGGACCGCCUUCUGAAGCGCCUGAAUACCGAAUGGGCGGAGUUGCGCGAUGCUGUCGGUCGUAAGGGCGAAAAACUGCGUCAAGCAGCUGACCAGAAGGGUCUGAAUCGCAUUCUCGAAGAUGCUCACGCCAAACUAGAUGAGCUAGAAACCGCUCUUAAAUCGGAUGAGCUAGGUUCAGACCUCAGGGCAGUCAAGGAUCUCAUUCAGAAACACUCAGUUUUGGAGCAAGAAAUGGGACUUUACGAGAAAAGGCUGGCUGACAUUUACAACCGAGGCCGCAAAAUGGCUGAGCAGGGACAUUUUGAUUCCGAAAGGAUAAACUAUACUGUCGCAGCGCUGCUGAAAAGAUUUGAGGGCUUAGAAGGACCAUCAGCUGCUAGAAGGGCGGCUCUGGAGGAGUCCAGGAAGUGGCAUCAGCUAGCAUUCGAUGUUGACUGUGAAUUGCAGUGGAUCGCUGAGAAGAAACCCAUUGCAUGUUCUGAAGAUACUGGGCGCAAUUUGACCGAGGCGUUAAAUAUGGUGAAGAAGCAAGACCAACUUGAAGCCGAAGUUCAUCAACAUUCGAGUCAUAUUGAAGCGACCAUCGCUCAAGGUGAAGCUCUGAUCCGAGGCGGACAUAACGCUGCUCCGCAAAUCAAGGCCAAGUGCGAGCAGUCAAGUUCGAGUAAUGUACCAGAAGAGUUUUCGUUUGUAGCUGGCUGGCAGCGUGGACGAAGUUAUACGAAGUUGGUCAAGAGACGUGCCGUCAAAGUGGUCGAUUGGGGUGUGAAGGAGCAACAGUACAUGUUUGAUGCGGCCGAGGUUGAAUCAUGGAUGAAUGAGAAACGCGCUGCAUUGGAGUCGGACAACUAUGGACAGGAUGAAGAUGCAGCUCAGAAACUGCUGGCAAAACACAGGGCCCUGCAGAAUGACAUGCAAACAUACAGACAAUGGCUCGAUAAACUCGCUAUCAAAUGUACUGAGUUGAUCGAUUCACGCCGCCCGAAUGUGGAGCGUUUUGAUAUCAGGCAGAAAGAGUUGGAAACCGAAUUCGAUCGUCUUAGCCGUUUGGGUUACUGGAAGAGCGUCGUCCGUGCCCUGGAGGAUACCGUACAUCUGUUCGAAUACAUGCGCGAAAGUGCUGAUCUCGAACAAUGGAUUAACGAGCAACUCCAAACCGCAAUGAGCGAGGAAUACGGAGAUGAUUACGAGCAUUUCAAGGAGCUGCAGUCACGUUUCGAAGAAUUCAAACAGAGUGUGAAAACCGGCAGCGAACGGUUUGUAUCAUGUGAGGCGGCCGCCAAUGCUCUCUUGAGAAGAAAUCCGCCUUUUGGUCGAGACAUUCUCAAAAAGCAGGAGAAAUUGAGAUCGGUCUGGACUCUCCUCUUGGAUUAUAUCGAGUCAAGAGAAUCGAAACUGGCUGCAGCUGAAGAGCUUCACCGUUUCAAUCAGGACGUUCUUGAACACGAAGAAUGGGUUGCAGAUAAAAGAGCUAAUAUGUCUCGUGAUAAAGGAAGAAAUAUGCAGCAGGCGAAGUCAUUAAGUCAGAAACAUGAGACACUUGAGAAAGAAGUGGCGGGUAUGGAGCCGCAAUUGCAGAAACUUCUGGCAGAUUUCAAUGCUGACGUUCGAGAUCUCCUCGCAUGGGCUGAUAUUACGAUUGCUGACAUGCAGUCGGAGAUGCAGGUUAAUGGUUUACAACAGGCCGAAGGACUUCAGAAGGAGCACUCUCGUCUUCGCGGUGAAAUUACAGCGCGAGCUCCUGAAUUUGAGAAAGUGAAACAGUCUGACAGCUGGCGGUUGGAGGUAGUGUUGCUGAUGUGGAAGGCCAGCCAAGAAAAACGUUUAGAUACGUUCGCAAAGGCAUUAUCGACCUUGGACGAGAGGACUAAGUUACUUGAUCGUACCGCGAACGAACUGAUUGCAAACAACCACAUGGAAAAGAACAACAUCGAGUUGUCUAGGAAAAAGGUUCAUGAUGCUCUGUCACUCCUACAUCGCGAUGUUGAACAAAGAUCCCUCGUUCUUAAUGACGCAUUCAUGGUGGCAGCGUUUGAUCGCGAUGUGGCUGAUACCGAAGCGUGGAUUGACGAAAAGCUCAAAGGGUUCGUUAUUGUUUUGUUAAGUGUUGAUCUGAAUGCUGUCACUCCACUUACUUGCGUGACUGUGAUUUACUUGAUCCAACCUCGAAGUUUUUUUAGAAUUCGACUCGAAAAAGAGCGCCAAGGACAGUGCAGUUCGAUCGAGGACAAGAUGAAACGUCUCCAGAAACAUCAGGCUCUCGAAGCAGAAUUAGCGGCAAAUCGAAAUCGUGUCGAUCAAGUACUCCAAAGAGGAAAAGAACUUCAUGCAAAGCACAGAGAUGCAGGGAUUACUUCUCGUUGUGAUGGUCUAUACAGUCGUUGGAUGACUCUUGUAGAAGCUUGCGCUGAGCAGUCACGUGCCUUGGAGGAAGCUAGAGAUUUGCUUACGUUCAGGCAGUUGGAGGAAAUGGGACGCGACCUAGAACACUGCAAACUGUUGAUUGACCGACUUGACGGCACCAAGGCGGACUCGUCAGUGGAUGAGCAGACGCUCGAACAAAUCAAUCGUCUUGGCGAAAAACUGAUUGGACAAGGAAGAACCAGCCGUGAAGAAGUGCAACAACAACAGCAGAACUUGAAUCACACAUGGAAUUCACUCCACGGGAAACUAGCAGCAUACCGACGUGAACUCGCCGCUGCCCUGGAGGUUCAUGCAUUCAACCGUGAUGUUGAUGAUACUAACGAGAGAAUCCAUGAGAAGAUUGCUGCAAUGCGAAGCGACGACUAUGGAAGAGAUUUUGCGACAUUGCCCCUCUUAUUCGAAACUAUUCAAAGCGCGACUGAACUAUCUAAAAAGUUUGAUUUCAGAAAACCUCCACUGAAGCACACUAUCUUGGAUUCCUUGAAAAAGCUGGAAGAAAGCUGGAAGGAACUGAGCCAAGCAGCUGAAUUGCGAAAUGAAAAUUUGGAUAAAUCAUACAAGCUCUACAAGUACAUCGACCAAGUAAAGAAGGCAGAACAGUGGGCGGCACAACUUCGGAACAAAAUGACGUCGUACCAGCAGCCAAAGACGAGCGCUGAAGCUGAGCAGCUAAUUGCACAACAUGCUGAACGUCGAGCCGAAAUCGACGGUCGCCAGGAUGAGCUUCAUGUGCUGCAUGAUGAGGGGCAACGACUUAUCUCGGAACAGCCAGAGCAUAAACCGGAGGUGCAGCGCGCCCACAAGCGCGUUCAGAACUCUGAACAUCAACUGAGACAGACAAUGGGAGGCAGAGAAAGUGAGCUGAUUGCCUCCCUCCAACGCAUGCUGGAAUGGCUGCAGUGGUGUGACCAGGCCGCGAUGUGCGAAAGAUGGCUUGCAGACAAAGAAAAUCUUCUCAAACAAGGAGAUAUCGGUGACGCCCCUGAUGUUGUUCAGAUGCUCAUCAAAUCACAUGAUGCAUUCGAAGAGACGGUGCGAAAACAGAGCGAGAAGCUUGAGAAUUUAAAAGCAGAUGCUGCUAAGCUUAUCACGAGUGAUAACGAAUACCGUGGAGAUGUCGAAGCAAGAUGUGAAGAAGUCAUGCAGCGCCACGCCGCGAUGCUCGAUUCAGCAGCUAAACGUCGCGGACUUCUUUGUGAUAGCAAGAAGUACCAUGAAUUUAUAAGAACUUGUGGCGAAUUGAUUACUUGGAUCAACGCCAAGUUGCAACUUGCUUACGAUGAAUCAUAUCUCGAUCCUACCAAUCUUCGUUCCAAGCUUCAAAAGCAUCUCGCAUUUGAUUCCGAGCUGACGGAAAACGAAAAACGUCUUGUUGCUGUUGAAGCACAAGGAGAACAACUGAUAAAAGAGCGGCAUUUCAUGAGUGAGCAGGUUCGUGCUCAACUUGGGGAACUUCGAAGUGGUUGGGAUGAACUACGCACAAAGUCCGCGCUGAAAACGCAGCGACUUCGCGAGGCAUAUGAAGCCCACACCCUGCAGCGUAAAGUCGAAGAUAUGGAGAGAUGGCUUGAUAGGAUUGAAAGCGAGCUAGGCUCUGAUGACCACGGCCGCGAUUUGGGUUCUGUUGAAAUAUCUUAUGAGAAGUUGCGCUCUGAUGCCGAGAUACGAGGGCGAGCUGAAGCUGUACAUGAUCUAAUGCAGAAAGCACGCGAGAUCAAGACACUUGGGUCACCAACGUCGGAUGCAAUUCUUGGCGCUGCUGAACAAGUAGAUGCGAGGUUCUCAUCGCUCAAUGAGCCAGUACUGAUAAGACGGGAAAACUUGCGUGAUGCCCAUGCAUUGUACGAGUGGACGGCGUGUGCUGAAGAAGAGCUCGAAUGGCUUGCGGAUAGGCUGCCGCUGGCACGAAGCCAAGAGUGUGGUGACAGUCUCCAUGCUGCUCAUAGUCUGCAAAAGAAACAUAUGGCAUUGGAAAAAGAAUUGGAAUCGCGUCAGGCUGGUAUCCAUGAAAUCGAGUCUAAGGGUUUGGCAAUGGUGCGAGCGAAGCACUUUGCCGCUCCUCAGAUAGAAAAGAUGAUCGACAGCCUUACAUCAGCGUUGUUGUCAGUCAAGGAUGCUGCCUCCGUUCGACGAGCCCGACUUCAGCACGCUGUGGACAGCCACGAGUACUACACAGAGGCGGCUGAGGCAGAACAGUGGAUAAAAGAUCAAAUGCUUGUCGCCAUUAAUCAGGAAACCGGUCGCGACCAAGCGUCGGCCGAAGGAUACCUAAGGCGGUUAACUGUGCUGGAUAAGGAGGUGGCUCAGUUCAAAAAGGAGUUGGAUAGAUUACGUGCUCGCUGCGAUUCGUUACAAGACCAUAGAUGCAAAUCAGGUGUGGUCUAUUUUCAGAUCGCUGCACGUCAGGCGAAGCUGGAGACUGCAUAUUCUGACCUAGUGAACGAAUGCAAUAGAAGGCGUACGCAGCUAGUAGAUGCAGGUCGUUAUCAUAGAUUCGUUCGUCAAGUCGAUGACCUGUCCGAUUGGCUCCAUGAAAAAGAACACGUACCUGGCUUCUUCCGAGGAUUACGGUCCGAGAUUAGAAGACUGCGUGCAACUCUACCCGAGAAGUUUGAAACUGUCGUUAGGGAGCUGGCAGCUGCCGGUGAACGCGUUGCUGGUGUCCAGCGAACACAGGAGGAGCUACUGAGAAGUGGGCAUCCAUAUGCUGCAUCAAUCCGCGCUAAAGGAACGGAUCUGCAAAGUCUCUGGACAUCCGUCAACGAGGCAGCUACUGAGCGACAGCAAGCUUUGGCUGGUGCUCGUCAAGUGCACAGAUUUGAUCAAGAAGCUGAUGAAACUCUCAACUGGCUUCAGCGGCAUGAAGAGUUCGUACAUGGAAUGCGAGCUGUAGAGAAGCAGGUCGGUGCUAUCACAUGUUAUGGAGUUGUUCGUUUCUUGCACCUUGGUUCGCCAGCCAGGCGUGUGGCCGAACUUUGUCGUGAAGCUGAAAGAUUGUGGACUGCAUUCCCCAAUACCCGUGAACACCUUGAAGUGCGCAAAAUGGAUAUGGAAGAACAGCUGAAGGAUAUCCUCGAAGGAACGCGAAGACACCAUGAACGACUUCAGCAAAUGGAAAGUCUGCAGUCCUACUUCCAGGAGUACCGUGAACUAAUGCAAUGGAUGAAGCGAAUGCAGACAGCGAUGACUUCCGAGCAGCUUCCACGUGAUGUCAUUGGAUGUGAAGCUUUGGCGCGACGUCAUGAUGAGUACAACCUCGAGAUGCAAGGCCGUAAGCCGCAUAUCGAUGAAUUCACUCGUCAGGGUAAACACAUGAUCCAAGGAGGGCAUGUGUUGUCACAAGAGAUCAAUGAAAAGGUUGAAAAUCUUGAGCGCUCUUGGGCUGUGCUAUGCGAAGUUUGGAAGGACCGUAAUGAGCUGUACAACGAAAAUCUUGAUUGCCAAAGAUGGAAACAGAAUGCUGCCCAGCUCGAGCAGUGGUUGCUUGAACGCGAGCGGCUCCUUGCUAAUCUUCGUGACUUCGACGACUUCUUAGUAACCUUGGAUGCGCAGGGAGAUCGUUGUGAAAUGGUGAAACGUCUCACCCUCAUUGAACAAAGCUUUAGUCGGCUCAGAAGAAAGGAGGUUGAGCGAUCUCGUAUUGCUGAGGAGGACCAAAGGCGUCGUGAUACAAUCAAGGUUGUUGAAAAGGGACAAAUUCUUGCCAACCGACGCCAGGAGAGAGAACGAAGAAAGACGCAGGCAUUUGGUCAAAGGGUGCUACUUCAGGAGAUCUCCCUUCUUCGACCAAGUUCGAACGAUGAUUUUUCAAGCUCAACAUUGCCGAGAAAAAUAGAUAGAGCAGAACGAAGCAAAACGACGACAGUUGGUGAUUCGGUGGUGGUAGGAGGACCAUCGACGGUUGUCGCCUCAGCCGUGAAUGCGUCGCACAUUUCGGCCGGUGAUGUCGAUAUGAGGAAGACUCCAUCGUUCACCACCAGACGUGGUCACUCUGUUUCCCGGAACAGCACAAGCCGUUGGGAAGACUUGGGUGCCAUUGAUAUGAGAGGCUUCGUUGACCGAAAACAGGACCUGCAAAGUGGAAGUAAACGAGCGACGAUACGGUCAUGGAAAAAUUAUUAUACCAUCCUAUGCGGGCAGCUAAUGUGUUUCUUCAAGGACGAGUCCUCAUUCUACGAGAACAUUGCCGCCGCACCACCUGUAUACAUUUACGGUGCACGAUGUGAACCGUUCCCGGAAUACGUCAAGCGAAAGCAUGCUUUCAGUUUUGGUUGGCAACUCAGGACGGUGCCGAGUACAUAUUUUGCCUGCAGCGAUGAGCGACAAAUGCUUGAAUGGGUGGCCAAAGUGAAGUUCCACGCUGAUCUCGCGCCUAGCAACCAGCUGAAGUCGUACGCAUACCAUGCAGCAGAGGCAACACCUUUACCGCCAAUGCGACGUUACGACGCUGGUUCACGGUCUAGUGACGAAUUGCCUCCGAUGCCAAUGCGUCGCAGCAUUCGCGACGAUACCUCCCGUCCGAUAUCUCGAGUAUCGGCUUUUGAUGCCUACGAUGGUGCGCAGCAGAACUCUGCAGUUCGUUCGAGCGCUGGACUAUACAAUGAAUACAAUUCACUUCCCCGUGGAGCUUCGAUAGCCGUCGAGACGUCUUUUCGACUUUCUUCAACUCUUCCACGAGGCGCUCGUUCUGGUCAACCUAUUCGUGUUGACUCUUUCAACUCGCUUAAUAGCUCCUCAUCGAACAUGCCGGUCCUUUUUGAACCUCGAAAAGCAACGGUAGCUCGACGUCCCAGCAGACGGCAAUCAAUCUACGCAGAGAGCAUCUAUGGUGAUAUGGAUGAAGUAGUGGAAGUCGUCGAAGCAGUAGAAGUUAACGGAGGUGUGUCGAGUUCUCUCACGUCGCCAGCUUCUGUGCCUCCGUCAUCGUCAAACGGUUAUACGGAUACGUUGACAUAUCAAGAACACACGACCUCAACAUACGCCCGUGAAACACCGCCACAUGGCCGAGAUGGACGUGUGACGGAAAGUGUAGAGUUCAUCUCCUGGGUAGAGAAUAACCAGCCGUACGGGAAGCAAACAACGCCGCGAACGAUGACACCAACAUCACAACAUGACACUGAAUCGUUAAAGAGUGAAAAGAAGCGGUUCUCUCUGUUCGGCAAACGUGGAUCGAAGUCUCACAAGUGA